GAAAAUGAUAUGACUUUCUUAGAAGGACUGAUCGAAACCCUGGGAUCUCUCUUCACCGAUUCUUUUUCUACUUCUUCGAUUGAGUCCCGGGAAAACCCUAGCAAUCAAGCGAUGGACGGUGUGGCUACUGGGAACGAACGGACUGCGGGUAAGCUGAAAGGCUACUUCGAUUUGGCCACAGAAGAGAUCGCCAAGGCCGUUAGGGCCGAAGAGUGGGGUUUGGUGGAUGAUGCUGUUUUGCAUUACCAGAAGGCCCAGCGGAUAUUGAUAGAGGCCAAUUCAACCCCUGUUCCUUCUUACAUCACCUCUAGUGAACAGGAGAAGGUGAAAUCUUAUCGUCAAAAGAUAUCAAAAUGGCAGGGCCAAGUUUCGGAGAGGCUACAAACAUUAACUCGGCGAGCAGGUGGCACAUCCGCAAACAAGAACACUUUACCUCAAGCUCAAAAUGCAGCAGUUUCAUCAACGCUAUCCAAUGCAAGAAAAGAGGUGGUACAAAAGUCCUCCCCUGGUCCCAGUAGACACAGUCCUAUAGUGAAGAAUCAGAAUAGUAAAGUUGUAAGCUCCAAACCUGCAGAACAAUCUGCUGGUGGCUAUGAUACAAAAUUGGUUGAAAUGGUAAACUCUGUUAUCGUGGACAGAAGCCCUUCUGUUAAGUGGGAAGAUAUCGCUGGCCUUGAAAAGGCCAAACAAGCUUUGCUGGAGAUGGUAAUCCUACCAACUAAAAGAAGAGAUCUAUUUACUGGUAUUCGUAGGCCAGCUAGAGGUCUGCUUCUGUUUGGACCACCUGGUACCGGGAAGACCAUGCUUGCCAAAGCAGUUGCUUCAGAGUCAGAGGCAACAUUUUUUAAUGUUUCUGCUUCUUCCCUAACAUCGAAGUGGGUAGGAGAAGGUGAAAAGCUUGUCCGGACUCUUUUCAUGGUUGCUAUUUCGAGGCAGCCAUCUGUAAUAUUCAUUGAUGAGAUUGACAGUAUUAUGUCAACAAGGACAUCUGGCGAGAAUGAUUCAAGCAGAAGACUGAAAUCAGAGUUUCUGGUGCAGUUUGAUGGAGUGACGUCAAACUCUGAUGAUCUAGUCAUUGUCAUCGGUGCAACUAAUAAGCCACAAGAAUUGGAUGAUGCAGUUCUUAGGAGAUUGGUGAAAAGAAUUUACAUCCCUUUACCGGAUGCGCAUGUUAGAAGACUUCUUCUAAAACACAAACUCAAGGGCCAAGCGUUUUCCUUGCCUGGUGGAGAUCUAGAGAGGCUUGCUGAAGAAACAGAUGGGUAUUCUGGCAGCGACCUACAAGCAUUGUGUGAGGAAGCUGCAAUGAUGCCAAUCAGAGAGCUCGGUGCAAACAUUCUGACUGUCAAUGCCAACCAGGUUUGUUGAUCAAAAAAAAAAAAAACUAAUGUCCAGGUUUUAAAAUGCCACUCAAGCUCCAAUUGUCUCAAUUUAGUCCUUAAACUGUGCCAAUCAUAGCAAUCAGUCUCUACGUUCCAAUUUUUUGUUGAACCAAACAGAAAAUUUCAUGUUACUUAUUUCUAUUUGCCCUCUAAACUUCCAUUUGGCUGGUUUUUCCGUUUGUUUUCACAGCAACAUUGGACAGGAGGGACACUAAGCUAUAUGAUUUAGGCAGUUCAGGGAUUAAUUUGAGAGUGCUUGAAAUUGAUAGGCCAAAUAAGAACUCGUGUCAAAGUUCAAGGAACAUUCGUAAUUUCAUACCAGACUCGAUUUUAUUCAAGGGUUUAUGAAUAUCAGGAUCUUUAAUUGGGCCAAAACCUAUGUCGCCCAGAGGUUGACCCUGCAUGAAUCAGGGAUUUUCUUUCUAAUUCUUCAAGCAUUAGAUGAAUUAGGAUUAUGAAUAUGACGGAGUGAUUGUCAUUUAUCUGGGGUUCACUAGCAUUAUCUGUCUUGAUUUAAUCAGGUUUCGCCUUUUAAUCUUUGGAAUCCAUGUUAUGUGUUGUUGUCUGUGUGUUAGCAGGUAAGGAAAUUAAGAUACUGUGAUUUUCAGAAGGCAAUGACUGUUAUUAGACCCAGUGUACAAAAAAGCAAGUGGCAAGAGGUCGAACAGUGGAACCAGGAGUUUGGCUCUAAUUGAAAGUCUCAAACAUGCACUGAGUGGUUAUAUGAUCCAGAUUAAAGACACAACCUACAGUAGAGAGUGGAAGUUGGAAGAUGAGAAAAGAGAGCAGAUAAUGUUGCUUCUCACCGUUGUUAUUAAUCAGAACGAUAACAAUGCACCACGUAGGAAAUCAUGUACAAAACUAUUUAAAAUAUGUAUAUCAAAUCAAAUAAAUUUGUAUAAGAUAUUGUAAGUUAGAGACAGUGACAUUGAAGAGUGGUCUCAAGAUCAGUCUCUCGGUUAAUAAUAUCCCCCACCCUAUCAAGAUCACUCUCUCUC